AUGGGCUAUGCCCUGCUCUACGAAUCCAUGCUCAACACAGUCCUCGUCGCCCGCGACAGAUUCCUGAAAGAGGACGGGAUUCUGCUGCCGGACCGUGCCACCAUUGUGCUCUCCGCAAUCGAGGACGAGUCGUACAAGGCCGACAAAGUUGACUGGUGGAGCAACGUGUACGGGUUUGACAUGUCGUGCAUGAAGAAGAUGGUGAUCCGCGAGCCGCUGGUCGAUGUUGUCGACCGCCACCAGACCGUCACGGGCACAGAGGCCAUCUUUGACAUUGAUGUGGCGACGGUGACAGAGGCGGAGCUGUCGUACGAAGUUCCAUUCACGCUCACGUGCAAGCGCGACGACUACGUCCAUGCGCUUGUCAUGCACUUUGACAUUGACUUUUCCAAGUGCCACAAGCGUGUGUGGUUUUCGACUGGGGCGCACUCGUACUACACCCACUGGAAGCAGACUGUCUUCUACCUGCAGCAGGUCCUCGCCGUCAAGUUUGAGGGCGAGCUGAUGCAGGCUGAGUUUACACAGCGGUUCCUCAUGCGGUGA